AUGAUUUUGAAAACAGCGCUCGAAGAAAGCAAUGUUAUCGCAGAUUUUGUGUUCGUUCCUUUCCACGAUCCAGCCAUCGGUCCGGCCACAGUUACAAAGGAUAAGGAGGUGUUCAAAGCUGCGUUACAAAUAGUCCACGUGUACGGUGGGGGGGAUUGCCCCGAGAAGUCCCUGGGGGGGUUGUUACUGGCGCUAAACGUUAGUCGUCCUAGGUCUUUUGUGUACGUGUUCACUGACGCGACGGCGUCUGAUCAUAGGCUUGUGGGGAAGGUGCUGGAUGCUGUUCAGAGGAAGCAGAGUCAGGUAGUGUUUGUACUGACUGGACACUGCAAUGACCUGACCAAGCCCACUUUCAAGGUGUACGAGCAAAUCGCAGCCGCUAGCUCUGGACAGAUCUUUAAUCUUAAUAAAAACAAUGUCCAUAAGGUUUUAGAUUUUGUAAAAACUUCUAUAAAGGGCAGAUCGGUGAAUCUUGCGUCUUCAAUCAACCCACCUGGAUAUAAUUAUACACAAAAGAUUCCAGUGGAUAAAACAGUGAAUGAAGUGACAGUGUCUGUGUCGGGAGCCAAACCUCAAAUCAGGGUGGUGAACCCGAGCGGGGAGGAGAUCACGGGACCGCCGCAAUUGGUCACCACCCUGGAUCUCUCAGAAAUUAUGAUAGUAAAAGUACUACAACCGGAGCCGGGCAACUGGAGUAUAACAGUGGGCAGCAGUGCGUCUCACUCUGUCCGAGUGUUGGGGACAUCGGACCUCUCUUUCUCGCACGGGUUCGCGGCUAACUCGCCACAGAGCGUAAAGGACACUGGAUAUAGACCUAUGAAGGGCACGUACAACCAUAUGAUGAUUACGUUAUCGAAACCUGAUGCUCCAGUAAAACUAAAAUACGCGGAGAUAUUAAAUUUGGAGGGAAAAUCCUUGUUCGAAGUUCCGCUACAAAUGAAACAAGAUGGCGUUUAUUUAGCUGAUGCGUUUCUACCGCCUGAUGAUUUGUUCUAUAUAUCUGUAAAUGGAGUAGAUGAGAGUGGUCAAGAUUUCAGAAGAGUUGGUACCACUGCUGUCCAAGUUAAAUUGCCCGAUGCCCCAUACUUAGUUGUUCCGCAGAGGAUACAGGCGCGUGCGCAUGAGCACGUGGUCCUCACUUGCGAAGUGGAGAGUCUUGUCCCUGUGACCGUCGCUUGGUAUAAAGAUACUGUGAGUUUGCAGAAGGCUUCUAGUUUACAGAGCACAUCACUAGAACACGAUAUAUCAGACGUGCGCGAAGCUCAUGUUGGCGCGUACACGUGUGUGGCGGGGAACGCCGCGGGGCGGACUAGUGUGGACACUUUACUUGAGAUUAUUGUGGAUCCGCCUCAAACAUCAAUGUUGCCAGCUAACACAAGCGUGGCUAUUGACGAAGACUUGACUAUAACUUGUUCUGUAUUUAGCGAAGCUCUAUUAUAUAGCACGAAAAUUAUUUUCAAUGGUACUGAUAAAGAUUUCGUUCUAGAUUUCGAAUUGGAACCAAAUUCGGAUGGAAUUUAUACAUUCAAUAAAAGUAUUAAAAGUGUGAGUGAAAGUGAUGCAGGAUUGUAUACAUGUCUCGCUCGGAAUAGAGGUGGUGUAACAAACACAUCAACAUACAUAUCUGUAUUGACACACCCACAAGUGCAAAUUAUCGGCCCGCACAGACUCACGACAAACGAGCACACAGACAUACAAAUACAGUGUGAUAUAGAUAAUGCUCUAGAUAUGCACUGGCUGGAUCCGAAUCAUAACAUUUUGGAUGCAGUCUCAGUUAAUGGUAGUUAUAAAUCGGUGUUCAGUGUGAAGGAUUUGACAGAAGAUGGCAAUUGGACGUGUGUUGCCAGUCGUAAAAAUUAUACUGUGUCAGACUCGAUAGAAUUAAGAAUACAAAUAAAACCUGAAGUGAAGAUAGAAGGUUCUAGAAACCUUACAGUACUUAAUGGCACAACGGUUCUAGUCACGUGUAUUGUGAGAGCUAAGCCUGAACCCAGGAUAGUCUGGCGAACGGAUACGACUAAGCUAUCAAAUAGCACGUAUAAGAGUAUCCUCAUACUGGAUAGUACGAAAGAAGACAUAAAUGGGUCUUAUAUCUGUUCCGGCGAGAAUUCUGAUGGCUCAGACAAGGACAGCAUCACUGUACGAGUAAGACGGAAGAUGGCAUUAUUGGAGGGGUUUAUGGAUCAAUCAGUAGAACUAUAUUCAACAGUGGAACUACCAUGCAAAAUAGACUCAUAUCCCCCACCUGCUGUAACCUGGUAUCACAAUUCCACGCAAAUUACAAAUUCAACCAAGAUGGUAGAAAAUUCUACCAUUUACCUUAGAAUGGUAGAUUUUAACGAUCUAGGAAUUUACUCGUGUGUCGCCGACAAUGGCUAUGAGGUUUUAUCUGUUAAUGGAACGCUGUCUGUACGUGGAUUGGAAGCUCCAGUAAUCUCAAAGGAACCAACUAAGAUAACAUUGCAUGAAGGAAACUCCACGAUUUUGACAUGUAGCUUGUUAUAUGGCAAACCAGAACCUACAAUAACGUGGCAAUACAAAAGCCAUAACGCGAGUGAAUUUUCGAGUCUACCUAGUGACGUAUCUGUUAUCGAUAAGGGUCUAAUAAUAUCGAACGUUAGUAUCGAUAGUGAGGGAAUCUAUCGAUGUUUGGCCGAAAAUAUUGUUGGGAGAGAUGAAUAUUAUAUGGAAUUAUUUGUACAGUAUGCUCCAAAAUUGCUCUAUCCAGAUGAGAAAACUGAAAUUCAAGUGAAAGUGGGAACUCCUCUAACAUUGAGUUGUAACGUAACAGGUUCACCCAAACCCGUUGUGGUGUGGACUAAAAAUGCACAACCUAUUGUGUAUUCUAGAAAUGUAUAUUUAAGCGAAGACAACAAUGUGAUUAUAGCGAACGCAUCGCAAUAUGACACAGGCGUUUUUUCAUGUAAAGCUGUUAGCAAAAUGGGUUCUGUGGGAAGGAAUUUUACACUCAUUGUGUACGAAGCCCCAACAAUCCACUCGAACAGUCCACAAGAAGUAGAGCUCCUAGAGGGACAACUAGUGGAGUUGCCAUGCUCCGCUCGCGGUGUCCCGCGCCCGGCGGUGUGGUGGCAACACAAUGGAUAUAAUGUCACUAACCGGAUAUAUGUGGACGAAUUUGGGAUAAGGUUUGUUGCAAAUUUAACAGAUUUCGGAAAUUAUUCGUGCAUCGCGAGCAACGAUCACGGCACCGCCAUCUUCACCUAUACACUCUACGUGUGGAUGCCGCCAUCUAUACGUCCACCGUUAGAAGAGACGAGGAAUGUUCUAGAAGCAAGCGACGUGACGCUGACGUGUGACGCAGUCGGCUUCCCCGUACCGGAUGUGUCUUGGGAGUUCAAUGGGCAAAUGUUGACUGAAAACACUACGGAAUUUAGUUUCAAUAAUGUGGGCAAUUUGUACAUACAAAAUGUUAGUUCGGACAAUGUCGGCGAGUUUGUGUGUGUGGCUGAGAAUAUAGCUGGAUUUGAUGUUAAGAGAUUUGCUCUCGAUAUACACGAACCGCCGAGAAUAAUAUCACAUAAUUUAAAGGAAUACAUAGGAAUAGAGGGUCGAGAUACCGCAAUUACUCUGUCCUGCAAAGCGGUGGGCAAACCUCGACCUUAUGUCGUAUGGAUGAAGGACGGAUAUUAUUUGAAUAGAGACUCCCGCUACGAGAUCGACGGGGAAGGUAGUUUGACACUGAACCAGCCGUCAGUGGACAUGAGCGGGAACUACACUUGCGUCGCGGGCAACGCUCUCGGGAACCUCACUGAGACCGUGCAAGUGAAUAUUUAUCCCCUUCCAAUAGCACAAUCGGAUGAAACGCUAACGCAAGUGACAUUAGAGGAAGGUCAAUCAGCUGAAGUGGAGUGUCCAGUCAAACAUGCAGAUGAGAUCAAAUGGUAUAAGGAAGGCACACUAAUAUCAACGGGUACCCUCAAAUUCCCAAACGUGUCCCGCGCUGAGUCAGCCACAUACUCGUGCGUGGUGUCCAACGCAGUGGGCUCGGCGCAUGCCCGCGUGGGCGUGGGUGUAGUGUGGCCUCCGCGCUUCCACGCCCAAGCUAAAAAGCAUAUUGAGGUGGUUACGGGCUGGGAUUGGUAUUUCGAUUGCGAGGUCGACGCGAAACCGGCUGCGAGGACAAAAUGGCUAUUUAACUCAAAGCUAUUACUUGGCGAAGAUCGAGACAAACUGGUAGUCCUAAAUAUAAAUCGAAACCACGCGGGCGAAUACAAAUGUGUCGUUAGCAACGAAUACGGAACCGUGAAUAGGCAGUUUACUUUAGAUGUACUGGUCCCACCCCACAUAUCUGAGUUUGACGAGUUGGACGUACAAUUGAAAGAAGGCGCAAACGCGACACUGGAUUGUAACGCGAAGGGCUUUCCGGAACCCAACGUUACAUGGAGUUUUGAGAACAGCAACUGGUACCUGAUAAAUUCAUCGCUCACAUCAACAUCGGUUACUCCAAACUCCGAGGGUACAUUCCGUUGUGUUGCCAUGAACAAAGUUGGGGUGGCGCACUUAGUGUACAACGUGACGGUUGUCAGUGUUGCCAGCGUGAACGGGAUUGUGUUGUUUAGUAAUGGGGAAGGAACUGAUUUGGAUGGUAGUGUUGAUGUUGCUCUCGAUUCAAAUGUCAGAAUAGCAUGUACAGCAAGUGGUAAUCCCAAACCCACGAUACAAUGGUUUAAGAACGGCAAUAAAAUGAGUCAAAAUACCAAUGGCGCCAGCUACGCUGAUUUGACGUUUGACAGAGUUGCCAUUUCACACGCGGGGACUUACAUCUGUAUCGCGGUGAAUGAGGGUGGUAUGGAUGAGAAGCUGUUAAAGAUUAAUGUUCUAGAACCACCCACAAUAUUUAAAACACUGUUCCGUAAUGACAAUAGCACAGAUCACGAAAUAAAUCUAGAAGUGAUGUCCGAUCAAUCUUUCUUCAUGCAUUGUCACGCAUAUGGCUACCCCAUGCCGGAUAUUUAUUGGUUCAAAGAUGGCUUACUCUUACGGCUAUUCGACGAUUCUAUGGUUUCAAAAGAAUAUGGGGAAAUUUUAGCCGUGAAUCGGGCAAGUGAGGAGCAUUCGGGGAAUUACACGUGUGUUGCCAGGAAUGCUGUGGGUAAUACUAGUGUCAAUUAUUUGGUAUACGUUUUGGUCGCACCUCCACAACAGAAGGACAACACAAAACACGUAAACUUGCUUAUCGGAAACCCCCUAAACCUCACUUGCCCCGUUCUGGGGAAACCGUUACCCUAUGUGAUGUGGGUCAAACACCCAUAUACUGAAAUAUUCGAAACUGAGAGAAUUCAUUUGAUUAAUGAUAACUAUACUUUGUUAAUAAACGUAACUGAAGUUCUAGACACCGGCAAAUAUUCCUGUAUCAUGACGAACAAGGUCGGCUCAACCGAGAUAAUUUAUGACGUCAUAGUUGAAAAGCCUCCAUCCAUUGCGCGUAAUGUAGGCAACAAUAUUACAGAAAAACACGAGGUGCCUUUGAGAGGGAGCAUUGUAUUGAAGUGUGAAGUGGACGGCAAUCCACCGCCGAAGAUUAGUUGGUUGAAGGACAUCCAGAGGGUGAGCGAGAGCGUCGCGCACGUGCAGCGGCUGCGCGGGAGCAGCGCGCUGGCGCUGUGGGGCGCGCGCGCCGCGCACGCGGGCCGCUACGUGUGCGUCGCGGAGAACGCGGCGGGCGCGGCGCAGCGCCUCUACGAGCUCGCCGUGCGAGUACCAGGCAAAUGGAGCGCCUGGUCGGGGUGGGGCUAUUGCAACGCGACGUGCGGCCGCGGCCUGCAAGCCCGCGCGCGCGUCUGCCACUAUGUCGACGAUACCAACCACACUUAUGAUAAAUCCACUCAAACGGAUAAGAUAAUUUUAGACGAAUCUGCAUGUAAAGGCCCAUCCACAGAACAUAGAAAGUGUCAGAUGCCGCCGUGCGAGGACGAUGCGGGCUGGUGGUCCCGCUGGUCGCGCUGGUCGAUAAGGAGAUGUCGUGGCCUACCUCCAUGUCCCACGCCCAAAAGGCAACAACUGGGAAAUAAUGUUUUUAGCAGCUCGGAUACUGAAGAUAAUACAAUUUCUGACUACUUACCUGAAGCUACAUUUGAGAUUGGGGCGGACAUUGAGUCUGAAUACACCCCUCAAUCAACGAUCGAGGAAUUCGAUGAUUAUUAUACAGCACCAACAGCCAAUAUGCCCACAUAUUAUGACGUGAAUGUGACUGAAAACUUGGACGGCAGCGAGCGAGGCCCUUGCGAUGCUGGCUUCAGACACGAUGCUGAAGAUGACAUUUGUAUUGACGUGGACGAGUGCCGCGCAGCGCACAGCCCGUGCCACAGCACGCAGGUGUGCGGCAACCGCGCGGGCGGCUACCGCUGCGCCUGCCCGCGCGGCUACCGCGCCGCCGGGCCCGCCGCGCGCUGCCUCGACAUAAACGAGUGCGCGCUGGACGCGAGCGGCUGCGAGUUCGCGUGCGUGAACGUGGCGGGCGGCUACGUGUGCGCCUGCCCCGCGCGCCUGCGCCUGCACACCGACCGCCACCACUGCGUGCCGCCCUCCAAGUACAACAAGCCUCGCUAUUCCUAUGAAGAUACAGAUAACGAAGAUUAUUUAGGCACGUCUAUAGACUAUCCUGCGAGAUAACCCACAAGUAAUAUAGUACCAAUAUACUAAAUAUAAAGUUUUAUAUAUAAUAAGUAAUAGUAUAUUAAUUAGGUUAUGACAACAAUACUUAGAUUAAAAUAGGUGGUAAGUGUGUAAGAGAGUAUCACACGGGUUAUUUUAUGGGUCGAAUUGAAACAUUAAUAGCUAAUUAUUACUCUUAUAAUAUUCCAAUAAAUUACUCAAAACUGCCUUAUUUAUA